AUGGCAGGCCACUACAGCGCCCCUUCUUCUCCAGGUAAAGUGCCUGGCGAUGACUGCCCGCUGGUCUGGGGUCAGUGCUCCCACUGUUUCCACAUGCACUGCAUCUUGAAAUGGCUGAACUCGCAGCAGGUCCAGCAGCAGUGUCCAAUGUGCCGACAGGAGUGGAAGUUCAAGGAGUGAACCUGUGGAGGCGGCGCUGCUGUACGCCUGCAGACCCUAACAGAGAGAGAGAUGCCUGUGAAUGGACUACUUUUUUAUAUGAGCUGUAAAUAACUGUUUUUGUAUUUCUCCAUCUGGUGUAAUGCAGAGGAACCUGUUGUAUUAUGUUAUUAAAUUAAAAAGAAAAAACUA